AUGUUACUCUCCAGAUCUGCCACCUUAUCGCAUACAUUGCGUAGCAUAAAUCGAUCGAAUAAAUCUCCGCAGACUAUUAUACGACGUGCAGUUUCAACAUUAAAGGAGAAUCCGCAUAUAUACAUCCACCCCACCCCCACGCCCAACAACCCACAAACCAGCACACUAAGCCUGCUCCCCACCAACCCACCUACAGCCUCCCUCUCCUUCGGAACCCUCACUUCCCCGCCAACCACCCCCAUAGCCCCCUCGACCUUCACACCCAAUCCAUCCUUUCUCCCUUUCGUCUCCACCAUCCUCUCCAAAUACGCCCAUCUCGAUCCACAACUACAAUCACAAGCCGCCGCAUUCGCAACCACAUCUACCCAUUUCUCUCUCAGUCCUCCAUCUAGCUAUCGCCAAUCUACAAAAAGUGCACGGGGGAAGGAUUCAGGCGCGCCGCCUAGCGCUAGUCAAGGCGGCGCCGGCUCCAGCGGCCACAGCGGCUACAUCCACCUUUCCGACACGCGCUCACCCCCCGAUUACGGCCGAAUAGCCUACCCAGAAGACAUAUUCGGAUCUCUCGAAGUGGACGCGACUGGAAACUUCGUUGCGGGCGACGAAGGAAAAUAUCCUGGAAAUUGGCAAGACUCAGGAACCUACCGUAUCGUCACACGCGAGGGAGUCUUCGGAUUAACGGAUUUUCUGAGAGGGAAAUUGGUAGAGGCUUUGCGCGAGGAGGAGAAGAAAAUUUUGGAUGCGGGGAAGAGUGGUUAA